AUGCGGGGCGCUCCAAUCGUUCUGCUCUACGCCGCGACUCUCGCAUCCGGUAUGGUCAUCACACCCAGAGGUGCUGGUGAGGCUCGCAUUGCCAUCCGCGGCGGUGGUGGUGAGGAGCACGGCGGCGGUGGUGACUGGUGGGGUCACGGUGGUGACGGUGACCACGGCGGCGACGGUGACCACGGCGGCAACCCGGAGACUACUCCAUGCGAGACAGAGACCCCUCCGCCCGUUGAGACCUCGACUCCAUGCGAGACUGAUACUCCUACGCCUCCGCCGGUUGUCACUCCCACCUCCACCCCGUGUGAGACUGAUACUCCCACUCCUCCGGUCGAGACAUCUACUCCUUGUGAGACUGAUACGCCCACUCCUCCCCCGGCGUCUUCUACUCCUUGUGAGACUGACACGCCCACUCCUCCCCCGGCGUCGUCUACUCCCUGCGAGACCGACACGCCCACUCCUCCCCCGGCGUCUUCUACUCCCUGUGAGACCGACACGCCCACUCCUCCCCCGGCGUCGUCUACUCCCUGCGAGACCGACACGCCCACUCCUCCCCCGGCGUCGUCUACUCCCUGCGAGACCGACACGCCCACUUCUCCCCCGGCGUCGUCUACUCCCUGUGAGACCGACACGCCCACUCCUCCCCCGGCGUCGUCUACUCCCUGUGAGACCGACACGCCCACUCCUCCCCCGGCGUCGUCUACUCCCUGUGAGACCGACACGCCCACUCCUCCCCCGGCGUCGUCUACUCCCUGCGAGACCGACACGCCCACUCCUCCCCCGGCGUCGUCUACUCCCUGCGAGACCGACACGCCCACUCCUCCCCCGGCGUCGUCUACUCCCUGUGAGACUGACACGCCCACUCCUCCUCCCGCGUCGUCUACUCCCUGCGAUACCGACACGCCCACUCCUCCCCCGGCGUCUUCUACUCCCUGUGAGACUGACACGCCCACUCCUCCUCCCGCAUCGUCUACUCCCUGCGAGACCGAGACUCCUACUCCUCCUCCCGCAUCUUCUACUCCCUGCGAGACCGACACCCCUACCGCUCCUCCCGCCACUACAACUCCCUGCGAGACCUCCACUGUCACUCCCCCUCCUGUGGUCGUGACUACCACCUACACUACUACCACUUGCCCUGUGACCUGGUCUACCGUCUCCAGCGGCUCCUCGACCUACACUCACCCUGUGACCCAGACUAGUACUGUCACCGUUACCUCUGUCUUCACCUGCACUGAGGGCUGCACCCAGCCCACAACUCCCCCGGCUGUCCCCACGACUCCUGCUGUUGAGCCUACUACUCCCGUUGUGGUCCCACCCAAGGCUACCUCCCCUGCUCCUCAGCCCUCCGGCGUUGAGCCCACCGGAACUAGCCCCGCUCCUGUGGAGUCGUCGUCCAUCCCCGUCACUUCUUCCACAUCCGCUCCUCCUGCUUCUUCCUCUCCUGCUUUCAACAGUGCUCCGGCUCAGUUCCAGAAGUCUAUUGUGGCCUUCAUGCCUGGUCUAGCCGUUCUGUUCGCUCUGCUCUAA